CUAGUUUCGAACCAUCCUAGAACAUAAGAGUCUAAAGAUGUCUCCCAAUUACUUGCUAGUUUUUCUUGUCGGAGUGGUGGUUUUCACCACUUCAACUCCUUCUCUUGCCCUGAAACACCCAAUUCACAAGCCGCCUUCCCGCAACCCAUCAAAUCACAAGACUCCAACCCCACUUAACAAGGAAGAGCCUUUCCCAUUCCCAGAGAAGAAGCCCCCAACCCAACAUAACGAGCCCCUCAAGGGCAAAGGAGAGAAGCCUCCACCCAAGCACAAGCCACCACACAACGAACACCACUUGCUAGAGGUGGAAGGCAAAAUUCCCGAGGGACAAAAGCCACCUCAAGAGCACAAUCAGCCUCCAAAGGGACAAAAGCCACCACAAGGGCACAAAAAGGCACCCCAAGAGCACACUGAGGAUCCAGGGUUUGAGAAACCGCCACCAGAGCACAAACCAGGACAGCCAGGUGAUGAGCCACCGAAGAGAGGACCACCAGGACAUACCCCAGGUAUUGGACACCCAGGUGACGAGCCACCGAAGAAAGGAGAGAAGCCACCGCCUGAGCACAAACCAGGACACCCAGGUGAUCAGGAAUCCCAAAAAGGAGAAAAGGCACCACCGAAGAACAAGGGAACCCCAGGUCAUGAUGAACCUCCCAAGGGUAAGAAGCCACCACCGGAGCACAAGCCGCCUCACAAUGAACAAAACACCGGACGUCGUUUAUUAGAGGCAGAAUCAUUGGAUGAGAAAUUGCCUCCUAAGGGAAAGAAGCCAAAGCCACCUCCAAAAGGCAAGCCACCAACCCCACUUGAACAUAAUGACGAUGGAGAUCACAAGCCAUUCCCUGAACACAACCCAAAACCAAAGCCAGUUGAGCAGCCUCCAAAGGGUAAGGGAGAUAAGCCACCGAAGGGUAAGGGAGAUGAGCCACCUCAUCAUGAUCGUCAUCUUGAAGAGAAUGUGGUGGAGGAGGGAAGAGACUCAAAUCACAAGCCACCUCGGAAACUAAAACCCCCAACUGGUACUGGAAAGAAGCCCCCAACUCGCCCUGUCAAGCCACCUCAAAAACCACCACACAAGCCUCCAUUUCCCAACUAAUGAUGCAUGCAUGCAUGGAUGACUAGCUUGCUGGCUCGGUUCCAUAUAUUAUUAUGUAGAAUAAGAGUGAUCAUAUGUUACAACUAUUACAUACGUACAUAGUUGCAUGCAUACCGCUAUUUGUACUACUUGGUACCAUCAUGGUAUUUAGUGCUCGGCUAGCUAGCAGUUAAGGAUUAGUUCAAAGAUAUGGAGUUGCUGCUCUUCUCAUGUAAAGCAUCCAGUGUCAUCUGUGCUCUGAUUAUAAAUAUUUAAAUAUGAACCAUGCACUCUUUUCAAUUUA